CGCCGGGCGGGCCGGGGCGCAGCUGCGAUCCUAGAUUGAAGACCGACAGAUGAUGAUCCCAGAGACAGCUGCGCCAGCUCCAUUGUUUUGGAUAAGACACAGUGUAGGGCCCAGAAACCCUGUGUUGGCCCUGUGACUCCUUUAAGACUCAGGACAAUGAACCCUGCGAGUGAUUGGGCCACAUCAGAGAGUAUUUUUGACUUGGACUAUGCUUCCUGGAAGAUCCGUGCGACGCUGGCGGUCGCUGGCUUUAUCUUUUACCUGGGUGUCUUUGUGGUCUGUCACCAGCUGUCAUCCUCCCUAAAUGGCACAUACCGUUCUUUGGUGGCCAGAGAGAAGGUGUUCUGGGACCUGGCGGCCACGCGGGCGGUCUUUGGUGUUCAGAGCACAGCCGCAGGCCUGUGGGCUAUGCUGGGGGACCCCGUGCUUUAUGCCGACAAGGCACAAGGCCAGCAGGGCUGGUGCUGGUUUCACAUCACAACUGCAACUGGGUUCUUCUUCUUUGAAAAUGUUGCGGUCCACCUGUCCAACUUGUUCUUCUGGACAUUUGACUUGUUUCUGGUUGUCCAUCAUCUCUUUGCCUUUCUUGGGUUUCUUGGCUCUGUCAUCAAUCUCAGAGCUGGCCACUACCUGGCCAUGACCACGCUGCUCUUGGAGAUGAGCACCCCCUUCACCUGCGUUUCCUGGAUGCUCCUGAAGGCCGGCUGGUCAGAUUCUCCGCUUUGGAAGCUCAACCAGUGGCUGAUGAUUCACAUGUUUCACUGCCGCAUGGUACUGAUCUACCACAUGUGGUGGGUGUGUUUCUGGCACUGGGACGGCCUGGUCAGCAGCCUGUAUCUGCCUCACUUUGCAGUCUUCCUUACGGGACUGGCUCUCCUAACACUCAUCAUUAAUCCAUAUUGGACCCAUAAAAAGACCCAGCAACUUCUCAAUCCAGUGGAUUGGAACUUUGCACAGCCAGAAACAAAGAGCAGUUGGCCAGAAAGGACCAAUGGUCAAGUGCUGCAGAAGAAGAGGCCAUAGCCAUGCGGAGCCAGACGGGUCCCAAGCACCAGUGGAUACUGUGGACACUUGGGCCCUACUAGGUUCCGUGAAUAAUGGUUUGGUAAUGGAUGAGCUGGUGAAUGUUUUGUGUUCUAAGUGAAAAUACUAACUUUCUUUCUCAUUAGUAUUAAUGUUGAAGUAGCCACAAAAUGUUAAGACCGUGAUUCUCCUGAUUCACAGAUUUUUGCGUAAUGAUUCCCUGACUGUUCUGAUGUAUUCUGUGGCUCAGCCGCCUGGGACCAAGGUUCAGGGACAGGCCGUGGUGUCAGGUUUUACAGACUUUCCAGGGGGAGCUUUGUUUGAAUACUUGAAGCAGCGACAUAGUGGGCUGGAUUGGCUCAGCAUGGACUUCCCAGUCACAUGUUCAUGUUCUGUGUGUCUUAUUCAGAGUCAUGUUCAAUUUAGUUGGAGAGAAUUGGCCUAAGAUAGAAAAUAAUACGAUUUGUUGCCCUUGUCAAAAUUCCCCAUUUAUGAAAUUCAAAAACCAGGUGUACAGCAGUGCCAUCUAGUGGCAGAAAGUAUACAGGCACCUUCCUGGGUCCACUGCUCUCCUGGCUGGGUGAAGGCACCUUGGAGUUUGCCCACCCUGACAGGGUGUGGAGUGGUCCAGGUGAAAUCUUGCAAAUUAUGUGUUUAUCACUGAACCUAUUUUUAAAAUGAGAAUUUUUUCAUUCAUAUUGUAUUGCUUAAUUGACAAAAUAAGGUAGAUGUUUGGUAAUCAGAUUUCUAGAUUUUAGAACCAUUUUUAAAUGACUCAAUUGCUCAUAGGUGCCCAAACUAGACUCUAAUUCCUUGGUUGGUGUUUCUCUGUUGAUUUCAAAACAAGACAGUGAUAACAUUUUCCUGUGAGCUGUGGGGUGGACCUGAACCCCUCAGAGCUCAGCUGUAGGCCUUGGGUCCCUAGAAUGGCCCCACAGCAGCCUGGUGACAGAUCUCAGGGUACAUUACUUUACUGUUUUGUGCAGAUAAAAUUUAUAUACCAAUUUAGCAAUUUUACUGACACACACAAAUUUUUUUGUCUUGAAUAUGCUAUUUUAAGUCAAAGUUUA